AUGUAUCCGGAGGAGGGCGAGGCCCCCGCAGCUGCGAAGCUGACGAAGGAGCAGGAGGAACAGCUGGUUGUCCGCCUGCACGAUCAUUCCAUGGCGCACAGGCAGGAAACGCUGCGGGAGCUGGAGGCCCGGUUUUACCCCACAAUGCCGCCAAAGCGGCUUGACAAGGAAACGAUAGACGGCAGCGUCACGCGGCAGGUGAAUCAGGAGAUGGCGAAGCGGCAGGCGGCGCGCGAGGAGCGCGAGGCACGGAUCCAGGAAGGCUACAAACCACGCAAGGCGUCCGCUGGCAACGUGGAUAGAAGCACAGAGUGGCUUUAUGCCGAGUCUAUGCAGCGGAAGAAGGCAAACAUGGAGGAAAGCAGGAAACGAUACCUCUACUCUGGACCACCUGUGGUCCAUAAGAAGGCCUCGGAGAUACGCGAGUACGUGACGCGCUUGGCUGUACCCAAGAAGCGGGAAUUUACGGUUGACGAGAUCAACAAAAUUUACGGAUUGUCUGCAGAAUCGGCCCAGGGGCCGGGCGCACCUGACGAGGUUGAUGCUGCUGCCGCCGGUGAGACUCAGCAUGGAUCGUAG